AUGGCUCGUUCUCGACAUCCUCAUCGUCCAGGAAAUGUCGCAGCUGCUACAACUACAACUCAAAAUUUGUCUUCAUUUGAUGAUGAUUUUGUUGAAGAAUUAGAUACAAGUGAAAAUAUAACACAUGUACCAUCUGAAGAAACUGAUAAAAAUUCAAAUGAAAAUACUGUUACCAUACUAGUUCAAGAAGAUAAUCAAAAUGUUCCAGUCGUUGCAAAUGAAAGAACACAAUUACGAUCAAAUGUUUGGAAUUAUGCAAAAAAAAUUUCAAAAGAAAAAUCUCAAUGCAAUAUAUGCAAAAAAUACAUUAAAACUCCUGGUGGUAGUGCAACUACAUUACGGAAACAUUUAGUAACAAUACACAAUUUAACUCACUUGGCAUUAGAAGCAAAUCCACGUGUCAAAAUCGAUAAUUCAAUUUCACCAGAACAAAAACUUCGUUUGGACUAUUUAGCCAAUCUUGCUAUCUUUGAAGAUGGAAGAACAUUUGGUGAUUUACGAAAAAGUGGCAUAUCAAAAUUUUUAGCUGAAGCUAUACCAGAUGAUGAAGAAGAUAAUCAAGAUUUGAUUACGGACACAUGGAGUAAUGACAUAAUAACAGGUGAUGUAGACAAUAUGAAUAUUGAUGAAGUUGAUAAUGAAGAACAUAUUGCUAUUACUAAAAAUAAAUUAGCUGAAACGAUCCAAAAAGGUCGUUCUUUAAUUAAAGUUAUUCGACGUUCACAAAUUUUAAUGAAAUGUAUUAAUACUGAAAAAAAAUGUUCGACGUAA